AGUUGGUUUAUUUAUUAUUAACCACUUUUCCGAUACAAUCUACAUUACAAGGCAAGAGAUAAGGAGAUAACUAGUUUGUUUCCGGUGGUGGCAAGUGUAAAAAUGAACAGUUUAAGGGCAAAAAAGUGAUUUUUGUAACGCCUGAUGGACAACAACACCGUUUUCAUCGAAACGGAAAAGGAACAAGAAUCAAACGGUUCUUCCCGACGACCAAGUAAUGAGAGCACGUGUAGUAUAAACGUCCCGUUUGAACGCCAACCCACACCACAAGUCUUCAACGCCUCGGGUACCACUCUAGUCAGAACCAAAUCAAAAUCACUGAUCAACAUAUCCAAGUACCAGAAAUACGACCAAGACAACACCUUGAACGGAAUUGAGGAAAGUCCUGAUAAUCACAGACGGGGUUCCUUACAAAGCGACAAGAAAACCAACCUGUCGACGGCUUUUGGUCCCCAAUUGGUCAAUGACUCGUUUGUGACCCUCCCUGGUACCCCAAUCCCCUCUCUGGUGCAAGAUGAAGAAGAGGAAGAAGAAUGGACGGAAAUCCCACCACCAACACCGGCCGAAAAAGACGACGUUUUAGACCCAGAAAGUCUGUAUUUCCGUGAUGGGCGCCGAAAAAUCGACAUGGUACUAGUGUACGAAGAGGAAGAAUUGGGUGUGAUGACGGAAGCAGAGGCCCGACGACGUGACCAUCGACGCGUUUUCCAGGAGAACCUCGUCAAAGAAGGACUAGAACUAGAGUUAGAACACAAGGAUAUAUCCUUUGAUGGUAGAACAUGGUUCCUGAAAAUCCAUCUACCAUGGAAGACCAAGACGCGAUAUGCGGCCGUCAUGAGUAUGAAAUUGCCCAUCAAACGCUUUAUUACCAUUUCAGUCAAGGCAUGGGACGACGAGAAGAGCCAAAACAAGAAAGAAACCUUCUGGGCUAGAAUCCAGAAAAGGUUCAAUGACUUGACCCAAUACAACACUGAUUUGAUCGCGGAAGAACCCUCGUUUUACGAGUCGACGAAAGGGGCCGAUCGGGAGGAACAGUUCGUGGUCAAAGACCGAGUUACAAGCUACUCAAGUGCCCAAAGGAGUCUCAUUGUGAUGCAAAUCCUCCUCCGAGUCAAAUUUGACGAAACUGAUAAGGUGGGAAUUCGACGUUUGUUGAAUGAUAACACGUAUUCGGCCUGUUUUCCACUCCAUGAAGGGCGGUGGGAGCGGAACCAAAGCGAUGGUAAGAUUCUAGACCGCCGGAAAUUGUACCUAGAAUGGGCAAGACCCGGGAAAUGGAUGAAAAAACAACCAUUGUGUUUGGUACGAAGGUACUUCGGGGAUAAAAUCGCACUUUACUUUUGCUGGUUGGGGUUCUACACCAAAAUGUUGAUAGCCCCGGCCAUUGUUGGUACUUUGUGCUUCUUAUAUGGGCUUUUUACCAUUGACAGUCCCGAUAAUAUACCAACGAAGGAAAUUUGCGACCCGUUAGGCCCCGGUAAUAUCACUUUAUGUCCCUUGUGUGAUAAAGCAUGCAAGUACCAAAAACUAAUAGACAGUUGUAAAUUUGCCCGUUUGACUUAUCUUUUUGAUAACCCAGCGACUGUUUUUUUUGCCAUUUUUAUGAGUCUUUGGGCUACUGUUUUUCUCGAGCUUUGGAGACGGAAACAGAGUGUCAUCCAAUGGGAAUGGGACUUGAAUGGUACCGAUCAGGACGAGGAACCACGGCCAGAAUUCGAGACGAGUGUGAAGACCUUCCGGACGAACCCAGUAACCCGCGAGAAGGAACCCUACUUGCCGGCUAGUUUCAAAGUUGUGCGGUUUCUACUAACUGGUUCCGCAGUUUUCUUCAUGCUCGCUGUGGUACUGUGUGCCGUCUUGGGUACCAUAAUCUACCGAUUGUCACUCGUGACGGUGAUUUAUGGUGGCGGUGGUACCUUUUUGAAACGUCAUGCAAAAAUCGUGACGUCAGUCUCAGCCGCCUUGAUCAAUUUGAUAAUAAUAAUGUGCCUAACAAGAUUCUACCAUAGACUUGCCAUUUAUUUGACUAAUAUGGAAAAUCCAAGAACGCAGACUGAAUAUGAAGACUCUUACACUUUCAAGAUAUUUCUUUUCGAAUUUAUGAAUUUUUACUCAUCUUUGAUUUACAUUGCGUUUUUCAAGGGCCGUUUUUACGCAUUUCCCGGCGAUGCAGCAAUCCGAGAAUCGAUUUUCUCGAGGGUCAAAGGUGACAUUUGUGACCCAGCUGGUUGUCUCAGCGAAUUAUGCAUCCAAUUAGCCAUCAUUAUGGUCGGCAAACAAGUCUUCAACAAUUUCGUCGAAUUAUUCAAUCCGAAAUUUUACAACUGGUGGAGGUAUAGAACCCAUCGAUCCAACACCAAAGACUUGACUAGGAAACAUACCAGAUGGGAGGAGGAUUACCACAUGCAGGAUCCAGGCCGAUUGGCCCUCUUCGAUGAAUAUCUCGAAAUGAUUUUACAAUAUGGUUUCGUAACAUUAUUUGUUGCUGCGUUUCCUUUAGCGCCGCUUUGUGCCUUAUUAAAUAACAUUGCUGAAAUUAGGUUAGAUGCAUACAAGAUGGUGACGCAAGCACGGCGACCUCUAGCGGAGAGAUCCGAAGAUAUCGGCGCCUGGUACGGCAUCUUAAGAGCCAUCACCUACACGGCCGUCGUCUCAAAUGCCUUUGUCAUCGCGUACACUAGCGACUUCAUCCCGCGCAUGGUCUACCAGUACAAGUACUCGCCGACUGAGGAUCUAGUAGGCUACAUUGACUCUUCAUUGUCGACGUUCAACACGUCGGAUUACCAUGCCGAUAUGGGUGGUGACAAUAAUGAGGAACCACCGCCGGCUAUAUGUCAGUACCGUGGGUACCGUAAUGGUCCCGAAGACAUCGACAAGUACGGUUUGAGUCCUCAAUAUUGGCACGUUUUUGCUGCCCGACUCGCUUUUGUCGUAAUAUUUGAACAUAUUGUAUUUGCCUUGACUGGAAUUAUGCAAUAUGUCAUUCCUGACGUUCCCUCAGAGCUCAAAACUCAAAUUCAACGAGAGACUUUGUUGGCUAAAGAAGCGAAAUACGAGCAUGGUUUGAAGAAAAGUGACAAUGACAUGUAUGAAGAUUUAAUGAACACAAUCAAGGAGAAUAAUAAUCCGAGAGUUGAGGGUGGUAGGAGAGCAUUGAAAGGGUCAUGGGCGAGGAGAUUGAGUCGAUUAUCGGACGGUUUAGAUGCGCAUGUUGAGGUGACAAGUAGGAAAAAAAAUUCAGUCAGUUCGACAGUGUGGGAAGUAUCGUAAUAGCAAGUUUUGUUUGA